AUGACUUCCUACAGCUAUCGCCAGUCGUCGGCCACGUCGUCCUUCGGAGGCCUGGGCGGCGGCUCCGUGCGUUUUGGGCCGGGGGUCGCUUUUCGCGCGCCCAGCAUUCACGGGGGCUCCGGCGGCCGCGGCGUAUCCGUGUCCUCCGCCCGCUUUGUGUCCUCGUCCUCCUCGGGGGGCUACGGCGGCGGCUACGGCGGCGUCCUGACCGCGUCCGACGGGCUGCUGGCGGGCAACGAGAAGCUAACCAUGCAGAACCUCAACGACCGCCUGGCCUCCUACCUGGACAAGGUGCGCGCCCUGGAGGCGGCCAACGGCGAGCUAGAGGUGAAGAUCCGCGACUGGUACCAGAAGCAGGGGCCUGGGCCCUCCCGCGACUACAGCCACUACUACACGACCAUCCAGGACCUGCGGGACAAGAUUCUUGGUGCCACCAUUGAGAACUCCAGGAUUGUCCUGCAGAUCGACAACGCCCGUCUGGCUGCAGAUGACUUCCGAACCAAGUUUGAGACGGAACAGGCUCUGCGCAUGAGCGUGGAGGCCGACAUCAACGGCCUGCACAGGGUGCUGGAUGAGCUGACCCUGGCCAGGACCGACCUGGAGAUGCAGAUCGAAGGCCUGAAGGAAGAGCUGGCCUACCUGAAGAAGAACCAUGAGGAGGAAAUCAGUACGCUGAGGGGCCAAGUGGGAGGCCAGGUCAGUGUGGAGGUGGAUUCCGCUCCGGGCACCGAUCUCGCCAAGAUCCUGAGUGACAUGCGAAGCCAAUAUGAGGUCAUGGCCGAGCAGAACCGGAAGGAUGCUGAAGCCUGGUUCACCAGCCGGACUGAAGAAUUGAACCGGGAGGUCGCUGGCCACACGGAGCAGCUCCAGAUGAGCAGGUCCGAGGUUACUGACCUGCGGCGCACCCUUCAGGGUCUUGAGAUUGAGCUGCAGUCACAGCUGAGCAUGAAAGCUGCCUUGGAAGACACACUGGCAGAAACGGAGGCGCGCUUUGGAGCCCAGCUGGCGCAUAUCCAGGCGCUGAUCAGCGGUAUUGAAGCCCAGCUGGGCGAUGUGCGAGCUGAUAGUGAGCGGCAGAAUCAGGAGUACCAGCGGCUCAUGGACAUCAAGUCGCGGCUGGAGCAGGAGAUUGCCACCUACCGCAGCCUGCUCGAGGGACAGGAAGAUCACUACAACAAUUUGUCUGCCUCCAAGGUCCUCUGA